GAAGAAGAGAAACACUCUUGCUGAGAAUGUGGCAAACAAGCAAACAAAAUGUUCUCAGGAUGAUUUUAUUAUAUCAAGUGGUACAUUUCAUUUUAUUUGCCUCAGUUUCUGGUGACUGUGUGACUGAGCUGUUGACAGACACCUGCUUCGAAGGAGGAGACAUCACUACCGUCUUCACGCCAAGCGCCAGGCAUUGCCAGCUCGUCUGCACCCACCACCCACGCUGUUUGCUUUUCACCUUCAUGGCUGAAUCGUCUUCUCAAGAUCCUACCAAAUGGUUUACUUGUAUCCUGAAAGACAGUGUAACAGAAACACUGCCAAGGGUGAAUAUGACAGGAGCCAUUUCUGGAUAUUCUUUCAAGCAAUGCUCACACCAAAUAAGUGCUUGCAACAGAAAGGUGUAUGUGGGCUUGGACAUGAAAGGCAUGAACUAUAAUGGCUCAAUCGCUAGGAAUGUUCAGGAAUGCCAAGAGAGGUGUACAAAUGAUGUGCACUGUCACUUUUUCACAUACGCAACAAGCCAGUUUCCCAGCACAGAGCAUCGUAACAUUUGUCUACUGAAGUACACCCAAAUGGGGCUACCAACCAGAAUAAUGAAGCUCGGUUCAGUGGUGUCUGGAUUUUCACUGAAAUCCUGCGCGCUUUCUAACCUGGCUUGCAUUAGGGACAUUUUCCCUGGUACGGCGUUUGCAGACAGUAACAUUGACAGUGUCGUGGCUCCAGAUGCCUUUGUCUGUCGCCGCAUUUGUACCCACCAUCCCAGCUGUUUGUUUUUUACCUUCUUUUCUCAAGAAUGGCCAAAGGAAUCUGAAAGAAAUCUUUGUCUCCUGAAAACAUCUGAAAGUGGAUUACCGAGCACGCGCAUUAAAAAGAGCAAAGUUCUUUCUGGGUUCAGUCUGCAAAGCUGCAGGCACAGUGUCCCAGUGUUUUGUCACUCCUCAUUUUACCACGACACUGAUUUCUUGGGAGAAGAACUGGACAUUGUUGAUGCAAAAGGGCAUGAAGCUUGCCAGAAAAUGUGUACUGACAACAUACGCUGCCAGUUUUUUACCUAUUCCCCAUCUCCAGAAUCUUGCAACGGAGGGAAGGGUAAAUGUUACUUAAAACUUUCUUCAAAUGGAUCUCCAACUAAAAUACUUCAUGGGAGAGGAGGCAUCUCUGGAUAUACAUUAAGGUUAUGUAAAAUGGAUAAUGUGUGUACAACCAAAAUCAAACCCAGAAUUGUUGGAGGAACGGCAUCUGUUCAUGGUGAGUGGCCAUGGCAGAUAACUUUGCAGAUCACGUCACCCAGCCAGAGACACCUGUGUGGAGGCUCCAUCAUUGGAAACCGGUGGAUACUAACAGCUGCUCACUGUUUCGAUGAGGUAGAGUCACCUAAAAUCUUGCGUGUCUAUAGUGGCAUUCUAAACCAAUCAGAAAUUAAAAAGGACACAUCUUUCUUUGGGGUUCAAGAAAUAAUAAUUCAUGAUCAAUAUGAAGUGGCAGAAAGUGGGUAUGAUAUUGCCUUGUUGAAACUGGAAACCGCAAUAAAUUACACAGAUGCUCAGAGGCCCAUAUGUCUACCUUCCAAAGGAGAUAGAAAUGUAAUAUAUACUGAUUGCUGGGUGACUGGAUGGGGGUACAGAAAGUUAAGAGGCAAAAUACAAAAUACUCUCCAGAAAGCUAGCAUACCCUUGGUGACGACUGAAGAAUGCCAGAUAAGAUACAGAAGGCAUAAAAUAACGAAUAAGAUGAUCUGUGCAGGCUAUAAAGAGGGAGGGAAGGAUGCUUGUAAGGGAGACUCAGGGGGGCCCCUGUCCUGUAAACACAACGAGGUCUGGCAUUUGGUGGGCAUCACCAGCUGGGGAGAAGGCUGUGGUCAAAGGGAACGGCCAGGGGUUUACACCAACGUGGUUAAGUAUGUGGACUGGAUUUUGGAGAAAACCCAAGCAGUGUGAAAGAGUCCCCACAUGCCAUUUGACACCUGAAAGGCAAACCAGA